AUGAUACGUUUGAGAACAUUGAUCAUUCGAAAUAAUGCAUUUAAUGGUCAGUUCCCAUGUGCACUGAUUCCAAAUGUGUUCAUGGACAUCUCUCAUAACUCAUUUUCGGGAACACUUACUUCUUGCUCAAACCCAAACUUGGGAGUCGUGGUGCAUGUGCAUUUGCAAGGGAACCAUUUUACGAAAUUCAUUCCAGAAGCUCUUAUUAAUUUAUCAAAACUUGUGACAUUGGAUGUCAGUGACAACAACUUGUCUGGCAGGAUUCCCCUGUCCAUUAGGUUGCUUGCCAACCUUAGCAUUCUUAUAUUGAGAGGAAACCAAUUGGAUAGGGACUUUGAGAUUGGUGGCCCGGAUGGCUCGUAUGAUAAAGUAGACGAAGUCGAGUUUGUUACUAAAAGUAGGACUAACUCCUACCGGGCUGGCAGCAUCCUUAACUUCAUGUCCGGAUUGGAUUUGUCAUGUAACAAACUAACAGACGAAAUACCAUUUGAACUAGGGAACUUAAGUAGUGUUCAUGCACUGAACUUGUCUCACAAUCUCUUGAUUGGACCCAUCCCGAAGACCUUCUCAAACCUUACUCAAAUAGAAAGUUUGGACCUUUCUUACAACAAUUUGAGCGGAAACAUUCCAACGGAUCUAAUCAAUCUAAAUUUUUUGGCAGUGUUCACUGUGGCUCACAACAAUUUAUCAGGUAAAAUAUUAGAUAGGAAAGCGCAGUUUGGGACCUUUGAAGCGAGCAGUUAUGAAGGAAAUCCAUUUCUUUGUGGACCGCCAUUGGAGAACAAUUGCAGAGCCAUUGUUGACUUUCCAUACUCGCCAACAACAGCAUCCUCAGAUCAAACUAAGGGGAAAUGGCAUGAUAUCGAUAGAGUGGCUUUUUCUGCAAGUUUUGUAGGAACAUACAUUACUUUCUUGUUUGGAUUUGUUGCUGUUCUUUACAUCAACCCGUACUGGCGACAAAGGUGGUUCAAUCUGAUUGAAGUGGGUAUGUGUUCAAGUUAUUAUUUUGUUUAUGAUACUCUUUACAAGCUUUUACGUUUUCAGCCAUCUGUAUAA